AUGGCGAUGCCUCAUCAACAGAUGAAAUUGCUUUACAUGUCUGCAGAUUGUCCGGUCAUACACAGCACACCUCACGAAAGAUGGAAAACGGCAAAUGGGCCGCAGAUACUAUGCUUGGAGGGCCAUGAUCAAGACGAGUGUGCAGAGCUGGCAGAACAGGUCUUUCUGACAUGGAAGUCUGAUAAUUUCACUUAUGGAAGUGACGAGAUACCUGGUUUGUUAUUCAAUGUUCCCUCUGGAGUUCUCUCGGGACCUUCUAUGACCCAGAUUAUAUCCUCGAUGGUACUACAGGACCUCGCAACUACUGAUCUUCCUGUCACCGAAGAGACAACUGCUAUACACGAGAAUUUUCUAAAGCGGCGAGGAUGGAUCAAGAAAGAUCUCCACAACCACAACACUCUAGCAUACUUAAAAAAGGGUUGCAUUCUUGUGCUGCAAAACAUUGACAACUGUGAUCACGCUAGUAGGGAAACUCUUUGGGGGCUUAUUCGAAGAUUCGAAAGUGCAUCAGAAGAGAAGCUGAGGAUAGUGGUGUCUUACAAGCGCGGCUCAACUGUGCGAGAUGAGCUAAUUGGCAUGGAGAGUUUAUGCCAGUUUUUUACAUCCAACGAAAAGCCAGUCGAGGAGUGGGAUAUUUCAAAAAGUCGGUACAUCAAGUUCCUCAUGGAACGCCUCUGCUUCCCCGGCAGUGACCCCAGCAGUGACCCCAGCAAUGACAGGCAGCGGAUAUCCACAAACCUGCAAAGACUCAUUACCAUGGAUAAAGGCAACUUGGGUUUAAUAGUCAAACUGCUUCAGUCUCAUACCGGCUGGCCCGAUGAAAAAUCACCGCUUGCUUUGUCCAAAUCUGGCGAUCUUCUCAGCUAUAUCUCACCAGAGACCUCUCCCGCAGAAGUACUUGAUCUUAUACUAAGAUCUGUCGCCAACAAACCUGCUCUUUGUUGGAUUUUGCACUGGAUCCGACACGGGCAUCGACCUUUGACGGUACGAGAGGCUUGUGUACUGGCUUGUGUACUGCUGUAUCACCAAGGAAACAGUACUCAAGGGAUCACAGGCUUGCCAUCUAUAGAGCAAGUGGAAAAGCAUCUAAGCCAUCUCCGUAACUGGCUUCCAGCUGUGGUGAGUUUUGAAGAAGACAGGCUUUGUAUUCACGAUCAUGUCCAAGAGAUUCUAAGACAGGGUCCAAACUACAUCUGGAACGAAUCCGACACAGCCGCACAUGAUACCAUGGUGGACUUUCUCACCUCAUAUCUCACAAAUGCGGCUGUCCGUAGCCAUAUCGGGAAUGUCUUCGGCAAUUAUCUCAGUCGCUAUCUUGCUGCAAAGGAUAAUAUCGUACCUCAGCUAGUUGGAACCGGCGAUGAUUUUCUCUUUUAUGCUGUCCAAGCUUUGCCUUACCAUUUGACAAAGGGUCACCGAGCCGUCCAAUCGUUGAACAAAGCUCUUAUUCUUCCAGAUGGCAAUCUGACCCCGUGGGCUCAUGUGUUUUGGUCCAUGAGCAAUCCCUUUUCAAGGCCUCCACCAGAAACAGUCACAUGUGCAUAUGACAUACUCCGGUGUCAAGAAGCAUUUGAUCAGGAAUCGCGAGAAAUAUUGGAGAAUAUUGGAGGGGGUGUCUCAGGCACAAAGAAAUAUGAACCUAUGACUGAGUUUCUGCAUUCUUUACAGGUCGGCGAUGAGAAGGCUGCUUUGGAUCAUGUCCACAAUAUCAUAUCUCAAGCCAGCCAGCACAGCAUCGUUGGAGAUCCCGAUGCAACUGAAACAGAUGACAAUCUGUCUUGGAUGCCGGCCAUUUUAUGGAAAGCCACCUGGCUGAAUAUGCCUCGUAUUGCCAGUGUUCUUCUAGAAAACAAGACGCCAGUCGAUAUCCCAGACAAUAGCACGUCGCGUUUCCCCUCUCUGUUGUAUCUAGCGUCCUAUCUGGGUCAUACCGGCGUUGCUCGUGUCUUGCUGCAACACGGGGCCGACAGCCGCGCUCUCCGCGAAGGCAAAUACGGGAUAUGCUGGUUAGCGGCUGCCAAAGGACACGCUGAUGUUGUGCGCGUUUUGGUGGAGGCCAAUCCCGAAUACUGGAUAUUCCGGCACCACAGACUCCUAUCUACGCUGCCUCGUUCUAUGGAUGUUGGAAAGCAGUGGAGACUCUAA